AUGAACACUGGCGAUACUACCGUUAGCAGUGAAGAAGAAGAAGAAGAUAGGAGUGCUACCAUGCUACCCCAAAAAAGGCAAUUGACGAGUAGUUGGUCAACCCGAAGUUACGAGGCCCGGGCAGAACUGUCCAAGAUGCUUUUGCAUGAGGGUCCUUGGACACGAGAGCAUUUGGCUCGCACCGUGGCCAUGCUGCAAGCGCAUCCCCAGCAUGCCAGUCAUCGAUUCCAACUGCCUUCGACCUGCUUGCAUGAUCUCUUGCGGUACGGAGCCACGCGUCAUUAUCAUUUGGGGUAUCACACCGCUGCCAUGCCCUUUCCUCCACUCUGCCACUUUUUGGUUCAGUUUUCUAUUACAUGUAUCACCUAUACCGGUACUGACUUUAAUCAUUAUCCACAACCACAAGAAUAUUUGGAUGCAUGGGUAUCUGCCAUUCAAGACGUGUGUGAACUAUUUCCCGAGGCGCUAAAGGGCGAAGGAGGAUCUCCCCACGACAGUAAAUCCUGUCGCAACAUUUUACCACUUCAUGUGGCUUGUUCCAAUCCCAAUAUUCCUUACGCUAUCAUUCAAUAUCUCAUUCAAAAAGAACCAUUGUCCAUUCAUCAACCCGCCACGGAUGGCAUUUUUCCGUGGGAAGUUUACUUGCAACAAUGCAUUCUCCAACAUGGAAAAUCGAAUGCUGACCCCACAACAAUCGCAGCACCCGACUGGAAGGACGUCUUACGAAUUAGUGAAGUGCUCUGGAGUGACGGCAUACUCAAGGAAACGGAUCGCUUUGGGCACAGCCACGGCGCGGCCAUUUUUGGUCGGUUGCUCAGUAGCGCCGUGGUAUUGGGAACAGUGGCACAACCCGCCCUGCAAGUCAUACUCGACAAGAAACCAUAUGACCAGAAGGAAUGGUUGCGUCUCAGUCUCGCUCAUGGGCUGAAUCCAACCGUCCUGGAAGGAUUGGAUUUCGUACUACUCCACAACCACAACAGCAAGCCCUACAAGUCGCUGUGUCUCGAACUCCCCCAAGACGCAUUGACCACACUCCCACACUCCAACCGCACUAUUGCUACGAUCCCCAAUGUCGUAGCAUCCAAGUAUGGACUCGAGCGUCUGCGGAUUCACCUCCAAGAUUUGGAUCAAGAUGGUUCCCCGGAAAAUGAAGCAGGGAAUGGCUUGAAUCCGGCAUUUGUGUCUGCUCUUGCAUCCACAACAAAUACAAAUUUGGAAUUGUUGGAAUUGCACGGAUCCUUUGGAAUGGAGUGGAACAGUCUGCGGGCAUUGCUGCAGCACACUACGGCAUUGCAUCUCUGGGGAUGUCGCAUUCUAUUGCCCAACAACGUUACAACAACGACCAUCAUGGACGAACCACUGGUGAAUUCACGUCUGCAAGAACUCUGUCUGAAUCAAACUCGAUUUCGAAUCCAAGGAAAUCACACGAGUCUCUUUGAAAUUUCUUGUUUGGAACGAUUCUUUCAACAACUCGCCACCAUUCCCACUCUUACCAAGGUUCAUUUGGCCAUGGCAUUUCGAGAUCAUUUCGAGGCACGGCAUGACACUACCAAACAAGCCAUUACACAAGCCAUCGUUCAGUUACUCGAACAGCAGCAACAAGCGCGAGUGCAAACUCUGUACUUGAUGGUCCCCCUUGAGUACAAGAUGCUAUGGCAACACUUGCAAUCCAAUCAAUCCUUGACCCAUCUGACCGUGUUGGGUAUUCAAAAGGAAGCACUGGGAGAACUCGUCACGACGGUGCUCAAGAAUAACAAUGACAAUGACAAUCAUCACAACUCGAACCGGACUUUGCAAAGUUUUGACAGUAGCAUUCAUUACAGAGGAUGCGAAGAAGAUGAGCAAAUUCAGUAUUACUUGUAUCUGAAUCGGUGGAGAAAGUCCAUUCAUGAUGCCCGUCCAGAAUUGGAUUGUGGGGCAUUUUUGGAGUUGCUAUGUCGCGCCAUAAUGGAGUUGAUUGAUCCUGUUACUGAUACUACUGAUGGUCGUCAAAUUGCAGGCGGUGCGACGGCUGUCACCUACGGACUGUUGCGAGAAAAUGUUUCCUUGUGCAUGACCAACUACUUUUAA